UGUACGUCGCUGCAUCGAGCAGGCUUUCUCCACCGAUGAAUGGAGUAGGCCCUUCUCCUCCAACAGUCCCACUCCCACCCGGCUCGCUCGACCCCAACCCUAGCCGCCAGUGCGCCAUGGGGGUCGCGCCGGCGGCCGACGGGAUGAAGCACGCGGCCACGCCGCUCUUUCCUAGACGCCCCAUUAGCGCCGCCUUCUUCUCCCCUUGAUGCCCCUCACGAGCGCCGUCGCGACGAGGACCUGCUCCAUCUCCCUCUGCUGCCCCGUUUGAGCGCCGCCGCCCCGAUCGAGCUCCUCUGCAACCAGCAAGACCUCCGCCUUCAUCUCCCUCUGCCGCCGCCAGCAGUCGAAAAGCGCAAUGAAGGAUUUUUCUUUCUCCUAGAGUCAUUCAUUCGUAUGAAAGGGGAAGUGCUGACAGAUAAAUCAUAUGACAAAAUUCAGUGUAAGAAGAUGAAUAGCCUGAUCGGUUAUAACUUAAACUGGAAUAACACCCUUGUAAAUAUUUUGUGCCCUCCAUGCCCUCAUCUGCCCAUUCACCCCCGGCGGCUCCAGGAGGGGCACCACAACCGCAGGCACCGGUGGCGGCAUGCCAUCCAUCAACCCCGUCGUCCAGCACCGGGUGCCUAAGAUCGGCAUGCCUCCUCCCGAUCGUCCUGGACCAGCACCAUGGCAACGAGCGUAUCCCCCUACCCUGACCUUCAACUUCAAUGGCAGAUCCCACCACGACUUGUCAGCACCGUUGGUGGAACCAGCGUCCUUAGGUGAGCAAUCGUCCAGAUGGCCAUCACGCUUCCCCCCAGCAGGUAGAGGAGUAGAGGCGUUGUUUCCACGGGGCUGUAGUGAGGUGUUGCUGAUUAGAGCACCAUCAUCAGUUCUUGAGCACCAUGGCAAGGCAAAGAAUAAAAAAGGAGGUAGUACUUACUGUGGGGAAGGUGAAGUGAUGGUUGCUUCGCCCGAGAAACUUAUUACUCUGGCAUUAUUGGAGUACUAGCGGAUUUAACGAAGAGAGAAAUAAUGGUUGCUUCGUCCGAGCAACUUACUGUGGCGAAGGUGGGGCUCUGUGAUUUGACUGCUCACUAGUCAUCAUUAUUGCGGCGCAACGACUGGGGUGAAUCUUCCCUGUAGUUGUGCACUCAAUAUUGCUGCAUGGCAGGUGGAGCCGGAUGAAGGAUGUCCCACAUGUCGGCGAAACAAAGUUGAAUUUUUCUGCCAUUGCUAUCGAUUUUUCAGGAUUUUUUUAUGUAAGCAUGAUUUUCUAGCAUAAUGAAAUUGUAUUGUGAUGUUAUGAAGGUUUCAACUUUGGUUACCGCAAAGAAGGUUUCAAUUUAGGAUUCGUGUGUUCUCUUGCUUUAAGAUUGUCUCGUUACAACAUUCCAUCAAAUACAAAUGAAGCUACCAUGGCUGCUAAUGCAUUUUAAUGGCUCGCAGAUCAGCGCCAAUAUUCACAUCAGAACUGAAGACAAAAUUGU